AUGACUUCCAGCUUACAAGUCACUCAGGUCUGGCGUGGUACUGAUUCCGAAGGAAAUAUCCUACCCCUUCAUUGGGCUCUCGUCGUUCCCACCUCAGGUCCAGACAGCGAUCCUGUUGGCAAUCUCUACAAUGCUGCCGGGAACAUUGAUACGUUUCACUAUGAGGAGCUGACGAACGUUUCGUUGAAGAAUAUCAACUGGCGCGGAUCUCUCGUCGUCUGCAACUUUCCAACAGACGCGCUGCAUGUUGUGGAAUCGAUUCUGCGCCGGACCCCCGUCGUACGCCAUGAUUAUGGUUGGAAUUGCCAGAAUUGGGUUUGGGCCUGUCUGCGACAGCUCAGGCGUUCCGGUUUUGACGUUAGGCCCAAGAUCACUUGGGAGGGCCUUCGUGCCGAGAUGUUCAAACUAUUGGAAGCUUGGGAGGCUGGUGAUAUCUAA